AUGACUUCCUCCCUGGGCCUCCCAGGCCCGUCGGGAAACAACCCCAGCGACGCCGCCCUCAAUAGGCGCUGGAACAAGUUUCUCGACAUGCACAACCUCCGAACGAUCCUCCAGACGUCGCCGGCCCAGAUCGACCAGCAGCACGCCGACGCGCUCGCGGCCCUGCGUGUGCCCUACGAGCAGCGAGCCGCCGACGAGGCCUAUGUCCUGAGCAUCUGGGACCAGAUCGACCUCAUCGUCGACUACUUGCCGCCUGACGUCAACCCCGAGUGGCGGGCCCAAGAGCAGCUCCUCAAGCGCACAGCCCUGCGCCUCGCGGCCCGAAGAUCACGCCUCAAGGCGGAUAUGGAACUCUGCGAAACCCACUGGGAACCGAAUAUCUUGCCCCUCGACAUGGCUCCCAAGGGCAAGGGGGCAAGCGGGAAGAAGAUCGAGGUGGCGACGUCGCUCAUCAACACGAGUCACUACCUCGGCCACGAACCGGGCGAUCCCAUCUUCUCCUACUGCCCACUGCCCUUGACAGCGCCGAACGACGAGCGAAACUUCACUUACCGCGGCUGCGUCCCGCGCGACCCCCGCGAGGACAUGCUGCGCUUGCAGCUCCUCCUGCCCAAGGUUGUCGCGCACAUCGUUGCACUGCUCGCCUUCUCCCCCGAGAUGGUCUCGGACUUUCCUGAGAAGUGCUGGGAGCUGAUGGACCGUACCGACGACCUCGCCAGCGGCGACGACAAAUACGGCGGCCUCCUGAGCGAAAUCCGGACGCUCUGGAUGCACAAGUUUCCCGGACAAGACCCGGCAGUAUCAGCAGCGUACAUGGACUUCCUCCGGGGCCACGCGCUGGUGGGCGAGGCGGCGUGGCUGGUCUGCGGUCUGUGCCGCGGGGGCUUGGACAUCAAGUGCCCUAAGAAGAGACGCCGGUUGCGCGGUCUAUGGUAUGGGCUCCUGCCGCUCAUGGAUGUCUUGACAUUCGACAAGGAAGAAGACAUGACAACGUUUGACGGGCUGGAGACCAUCGUGGAACUGUACGUCCGAGACCAGGGCCGCAAGGCACACGAGAUGGUGUUUCGAGACGGGGAGUAUGACCGCGCGUUGCUGUACCACGAGGACGCCAUCCACAAAAAUUACUCCAUCCACUCAAUCUACGCAAACUACAACGGCCGCUACCACCCCACUGCCGGCGCCGUCUUCUACCCGGGUUCGUACCGGUUACCCCCAAGUGACCCAGCCCUCGACCCCAACGACUCCGACUCCGAACCCGUCCCGAUCUCUGACGAGGUCCUGGCCGCGUGCGACAGCAUCAACUGGCGCAUUGGAACCCCUGCCGAACCAGCACAGGCCGGACCACCCGAGCCAGUCGUUCCUGCAGCAGUAGCAACAGCAGCGAAGAGAAAGAGAAAAGAGACCGGAGUGAAAGCCGCCGCCUCCACCGCCACCGCAACCGAUCAGAAACCAUCGCGAAAGAGAAAAGGAGGCCGACCCCCGAAAGCUCGCGCCGCCGCUCCUCUACCACCCUCGAAUCCCACCGCCAACUGAGUCGUCGCCUCCUCGGCCCUCCCUCGAUUCCGCCGACAACGAAAUCGCAGCGGCCCUAACCGGCUCCGUCAUCUCGAUCCGAGCCAGAGGCUGACUCCCCUUGACGCCGAACUAGCCCGCGUAGCCUCUAUAUACCACGCAACCACACGCACGCAACCCG